AUGGAGGAGGAGCCGCGCGUGCUCGAGGCUCAUUCGUGCACCUCCCUCAUCCGCCUGGAGCAAGAGGCCAAGCGCGAGCGUCGCGCGCGGGUGCAACAGAAGCAGCGCAAGAGCGACGCCAUGCCAGGAAAGAAAAUCAGUGAUGAGGUGCUGGACCUGGCCGAGUAUACGAAGAACCAGCCCUGGUGGCGCAAGCUGUGCGGGCCCAGCUCUGGAUCCAGCACGGAAAAGUACAACGUAGCAACCCAACUUGCUAUUGGAGGCGUCACAGGAUGGUGCACUGGCUUCAUCUUUCAGAAGGUUGGAAAACUGGCUGCAACUGCCGUGGGAGGCGGCUUCUUCCUGCUGCAGUUCAAUAAUAUCCCACCUUCCUCCACAAUUGCGAACCACACGGGAUACAUCAAAGUCGACUGGCAGAUGGUGGAGAGGGAUGUGAGCAAAGCCAAGGAGCAGCUGAAGUUUCACAGCAGCCCCACUAACCAGCUGGCACCGGAAGUUAAGAGCCAAGUGGAUGAGGUGAUCUCCUUUCUGAAAAAGAACGUUCUCCUGACUGGUGGGUUUGUAGGAGGGUUUCUGCUCGGCAUGGCCUCUUAGGAGACACCUGUAGUACCUGGAAGCUCCUGUGCUGCCGCCGUCUCCUGCUCAGUAUCUGCUGGAUUGCUCGAUCAGCUGACUUGGAACAUUGCCCCUCAUGACCAGUUUCUCUGCUUUGUAUGUGAAUCAUGGCCUCCAGAAAUGCUGCCUCUAACUCCUCCGCUCCUCCUGUUUUUAUUCAGUGUGCUGGAGAUUGGCUGAUAGGAGGUGGGCUUGGUCCAAAAGCUGACCAUUGCCAGGCUGAGAUCUGUCCCCCGCUUGAGAUCUCGGGUUCUGUAGAUUCCCCCUCCCCUAUUUAUUUAUUUUUUCAAGGGGAUGACCUAGACAAAGGGCCAUGCCAGUCCCAUUGCCAGGACAGGAGCUCCUCUCUCUCUUGUUUGCACCAUCUUGUCUGUUUCAUACUCCGCCUUGUGUAGCUGUGGUAUGGCCUGUGCUUCCAGCUGGCACCGCAUGCAGAGGCUGUGCCAGGACAUGUCCCGAAAUAACUGAUGCCUAGGAUUGGCUUGUUCUUCUCCAGGCAUGCGUUUUUUUCAAGCACUGACUUUGCUAGGACACUGUAUACAAAAACAUCCCUCUGGCAUCUCCUGGUCUGUUAUUUAUAUGCUUGAGCCACAGAACUGGAACUUUCUCUGGAAACUCCACCAGCUACGUGAGAUGCUUUGCCUCCUUCCUCUUCUGAGGAUGUCUAAAAAGACUUCAAAGUUUCAUUGUUCCAAGGAAAUGUCUCUUGCACACUUAACCACCUCCGCCCUGUACUAUGAACGGUUCAAGCUAGACUUGACUUUGAGUGGCUGGAACUGGCAAGCUCUUUGAGAGAGUCUGGGUUCUCUUGCUCGGCAGUGGCUGUUGCAGCAAUGGGGAAUGGAGGUGUGUGCUUUUCUGCUGGGGCCUCCUGUUGUAUGGAGCUCCAGGAGCCUGGGAGGGGUGUUGAGAGGGAGUUGUACAGGUUCUGUUGUGGCUUUAGAUGACAAUGUAUUGGGGGAGGAGGGAAGAGGCGUAAAUCUUGUUCAAAACUGAAGUCAAAAGAGCGAUCUCUGGGCUACACGGAGGGGAGAUGGCCUGCCUCUGCCGUAGUUGCCAUCCCUGUAGAAAGCUGAUGGGCUUUGCUCCUGUGCUUGCCCUUCCAUCUGCGUGAGAAGUCCGCUUCUGCAAAAGCAUUUGGCUAAGCCCUGGCUCAGCUUAGUAUCUAAGAGAUUGAGAUACAGAGCUCGAAAUCCCCACUGUGAAUCUGAGGCCAAUCCCCCUGCCCCCAAGCUCACCUGGCAAUACAGGGAACAGUAAUACUGACGUUAACAGGUAAGGACUGUGAGCAAAUAAUGUCUUUGAAGGCCUUGGAAUUUUUAAAAACUGAUAUGUCAAUGCUGAGUAUGAUUGAUUGAUUAAAGAGGGCAGAGACGUGGCUGCAUCUGUGCCUUCAAACAGAAGUGGAGGGGUAUCCUGGAAAACCGAGCCCACCUGAGUUUAAGCUGUCGUUGUUGAAAAGCCGUCCUGCUCCCAACAACACUGGAGGAUUGUUUGGUCCCGAUGAUGAAAGAAUUGGUGUAUUCUAGGAGAAACAUUCAUCAGCUCUUUCCCUGCUGUCUUUGCUUCGCUAACCAACAGCUGGUCAGUGGAUUUUAGGGGACUCCUUGUGGCAUCUGCAAAGCAGUGGGAAAGCACAGCCUUGGCCUAGAAAGCUGUAUCAGCCUAUUCUCACAACACGGGAGAGGUCUCACUCUCAGAGCCAAGCUACAAGUGACGAAUUACACUUGCCUGUCAAGUGAACAGACUCUCCAGUGGAGCGCAAAUGAAUGGCAAGUGAACAGGGAGGAAUACACAUGAGUCUGUUCACUUGCCAGGCAAGUGUAAUUCGUCACUUGUAGCUUGGCUCAUAGUAGACCCUUCUGUGUUGAAUGAAUAUUUGGCUCACACCCAUUGACAUUGCCCUGUGAAUGAGCAGUCAGAGAGCAAGGAUGAGAACUUUUUUUUAAAGAGUUGGGUCUGAGUUCCUCACAGCCCCAUGGCUCCAGUGGGGAAUGGCUAUUAAAAAAUAAAGCAGAGCAUCAUCGGGCUUGGAACACUGCCACAGGGGGAGGAAGAGCUCCUGCCCCCUUCUUUUCUGUGCUGAAGCAGUGCUGGGGUGGAGGGAGUUAUUUCCCUGUUUUUGCUGCUCAGCAGAGCAGAGCAGCAAAAUCAAGGGAGUAACUCCCUUCUCUAACACUGUUUUUGAUGCGAAAGAUGGCUUGAGGAGGGGCAGAGGCUCCCAAGCAGGCUCUGCUUUAUUUUUAAUGCCAUUCCCCUUAGCUACUGUGCAGCUGUGAGGAACUCGAGUUCCCUGAACCCAGCUCUUUAAAAAAAGCAAACAUCUAGUUUGUCCCUGACAACUGCUUAAAUUGAGCUGGGAACCUGGUUAGCCUCAUUUGUUGUCCUGAGGUAGGGGGGGGGGGCUUACCUAGCAUCACUUGUUUAGAAUUCUGCUGCUUGGUUUCUUUCUCUGGGAUGCAGUGACAGAGGGCACUUCACUGACAGUAUGCCAACCCUGACCUCGCCACAGUCAGCAUACCUAAAAACAAGGCCUCUAAAAAGGCGAGCCCCCAUCAGUUACUGAAGUUGGUUCACCAGCCAUUCAGCUGUGCUACCUACAUUACGCUUGGUUGCUUCAGACCUGAGGUGGAAGCCAUUUUUAUUUUUUGGCAGCUGUCACGAUUGCUUCAUGAAGUGAAGUCACUUUGACAAAAGUUACAUGUAAUGCUGAACUAACUCUAUGAGGCAGUGUCCUGCAGUGAUUAAAGUACUGGACAGGAGAAACCCAGAUUCAAAUCCCAGUUCAGCAUGAAAUAUUCUUGAGUGAUCUUUGGCUUUUAACUGCCUUUCUCUCAGCUUACCCUGAGAUAACCGGAGGGAUAAAAAUGGAAUAAACAAACAUUAGAAAAAAUACCCCCCAAAAGUGCGAGAGGGGAGCAUCUUUUGAGGCCCACUGAAAUGUCACAAAAGAGUUAGUGAGCAUCUUCAGGUUGCCUGUUGCACUAUGACGUGAUAAAGAAGACUGUUUCACGUGGAUAGCCGUGUUGGUCUGUAGUAGAAGAGCAAGAUUCAGGUCCAGUAGCACCUUAAUUAAUUGAAGUUCGGCCUCUACUCCGCUGUUAGCAUUUUAAAGAGAAAAAGAAAUGCUUUUAAAGAACACACCCUCUCUUUCUCAGAUGCUAAUAGAGUAGGAGAGUUCCUUAACUGAAACAGAUGGAAGUAGAUGGAUUAAACCGCUUGUGUGUUCCCUGCACAGCCCAGGAAAUUGCAUUUUGUAGACUCAAGGGGGAUGGAGAUGGAUGCAACUCCAGCCCACCUCUGUUUGAGCCUGGAGAUCUUUGUAUUUUGUUCCUAGCAGGGUGAGUUUAAUUGCUGCCUUCACAGCAGAACAGUGUUUCUCUAGUGAGCCAGGUUAAUACAUCUUUUUCUCUCUCCUAUUCCCUUAUUAUUUUUCCCUUUAGUCAUCCAGCCUGAUGAAUAUCCAGUUCACUCAAACAUUUGCAAUGGUCUGAUUUGCUCCUGAUGAUUAUAAAGGAAUGCUUUUUACUUUUGGAUUUGACCUUGAGGAAAACUGGCCUGCUUGCAUUCCUUGUCAGGUCCCAGCGGAACAAAACCAGCCUGUCACUACGCAUUUCGGACAUCACUUUUACAUGCAGUUAAGGAAAAAUAUGCACAAGCCUGGCUUGCAGUCGAGCUCACAUGCCUCCUUAUGCUGAAAGAAUUGCGUUUGAUCAUGAUUCUUAGCAGUGUGGCAACGAGCAGCGUUCAGGUGUGUUUUUCUUUCACUUUAAAUGUGGUCUGUGAUAGCAGCCUUGGGUGCAGCAGAAACAGCAUCGUAGGGUUUUGCCCAAUCCCAAACCUCACAGACAGUAGUAAUUAAUUUUGAGAUAAGCAAAGCAUGUUCUCACCGAGUUAUUAAACUUCAGGGGUUAUUUCUGUCCCCUGAACGAAGUGUCUCCUCAGCGCAUUAGCUAACAAGAUUUGCCACAGGAGGUGAGCUCUUCCCCACCCCCACUUUGCUGAAUAAAAAGCACGCCCCAUUUUUUUACAUCACAGAAAGGACUGUGUUAUAUGUGAAUUUAUGGAGGGGGCAGCAGAAUACGCUUUUGCUUUUCUCUUUCGCCAGUGCUCUGACGAGCUGCUUUGGACAGAAAAACAAGCUACUGGGAGUCCUUGGCCCGGGACAUGAGGCAGCUGCCAUGGGCCCAUCCCAGAUUCACUAAUCUCAUUUGCUCAAAAAAAAAUCUUUGUCAGGAUUUGGUUAUAUCAGGAGAUGCUGAAAAUAGCCACCAGGUAAACUGCUGCAAGCAGGAGCUGAAAUAAACUUUCUGGGCUCCCCCUUGGAAACCAGGAUAGGUACAUGAAGAUCUUGGCACUGCGCCCAAACCCCCAAGGCUUUGGAAAGCGUGUUCACUGACGGACCUAUGAACCUAGAAACGAAGGAUGCUGUUGCAGGUGUGUGCGUGCCAGAGCUCAGCCCCCCCCCCCCUCGGCUUAGAAAAGCAUUAAGGGUUUUGUCAUGUUUUUAUAUGGUAUUUAAAUGGUUUGAAGUGCGAGUUUAAAAUAAACUGUCUUUGCAGUA